AUGGAAGGUCAUGGUAUCCUGAAAGCCUUCCCUAAAGUAAAGAGACCCAGGCCGAAUGAUCAGAAGGACGCACCUCCCCACAAGCGGACGCCCGCUAAACCAAUAACAGGUACAUUAUUCCAAGGAGUCACAAUAUACAUAGUUCCAGCUGGUAUAGGGAAAGCCAGGUGUGAUAUAUUCCAUCGACAGAUCACCCAGAAUGGAGGACAGGUAGUGUCCACAUUCUCUCCCAGCUGCACACACAUUGUGGUGGAUGAUUCAGUCGAUUGUAAUAGAGCUCUGAGGCUUCUGAAAGUGGAAAGACUGCCUUCUGCUGUUCAACUGGUCAAAUGCACUUGGUUAAGUUCCUGCAUUAGUGAGAAAAGAUUACUAGCCCCUGAAGACUACAGCCUCCUUCCUCCUGAGAGUCCCACAGUUGCCCCUUCUGAGAAGUUAAAUGAGACUGAAGUCAGCCCAGUUCCACAAGUAGCAGUAGCUCAGGAUCCUUCUAAAAUCCUUAAAAAUCAGGAUCCUCAAGAAAAUCCCACAGAGACGGUGCCAGAUAUUCAGGAGGAGCACCACGAGGAAGAUGGUGUAUCUCAGAAUGAUCUGGAGGCCUUGAUCAGUGGCGUUCACCCUUCUGAGAGCAACCAAGACCAGAGUUUGGCAGUGAAUCCAGUUUUGUCUGGGAAGUGGGUCUGUUCCCAACCAUCCACAACUAAAGGGGAGAACCAUAACAAGCACAUUACUGACAAACUGGAGCCGCUGGCAAAAGCUUAUACACACAAGGGCGAUAAAUGGAGAGCUCUGGGCUACUCUAAAGCAAUCAAUGCCCUUAAAAGCUACCACAAGCCCAUCACUUCAUAUGAGGAAGCAUGUAAAAUUCCAGGCAUUGGUAAACGCAUGGCAGACAAGAUCAUGGAAAUCAUGGAAAGCGGACACUUGCGUAAACUGGAUCACAUUGGGGAGGAAGUACCUGUUCUUGAAAUGUUCACUAACAUCUGGGGUGCUGGGGCCAAGACUGCACAGCUGUGGUAUCAACAGGGAUUUCGCACACUGGAGGAUAUUCGCACUAAGGCAGUUUUGAAUCAUACUCUAAGGAUCGGACUAAAACACUAUGAUGAUCUCCUCGAGCGGAUGCCGAGAAGUGAAGCAAAUGCGAUCGAGAAAAAGGUGGAGGAAGCAGCUCACAGUGUGGACACACAGCUGGUGGUUAUGGCGUGUGGCUCAUACCGCAGGGGCAAGACCACGUGUGGAGAUGUGGACGUUCUCAUCACUCACCCUGAUGGAGUAUCGCACAAGGGUGUUUUCAGCAAAGUGUUGCACUUCCUCCAUCAGAGCGGUUUCCUGACAGACGACCUUGUUAGCCAUGAGGAGAACGGUGAGCAGAAGAAGUACAUGGGCGUCUGCCGGCUUCCAGGCCCUUCACAGCGCCACAGACGCCUAGACAUCAUUGUAGUGCCCUAUGCUGAAUUUGCAUGUUCUCUUCUGUACUUCACUGGCUCUGCCCACUUUAACCGAUCAAUGAGGGCAUUGGCUAAGACCAAACACAUGAGCCUAUCAGAGCACUCGCUAAACUGUGCUGUCGUGCGGCAGUGUGGCGUGAAAUUGGUGGCGGGAACUCCUUUACACACACUGGCAGAGAAGGAUGUCUUCAAACACCUGGGCAUACCUUACAGAGAACCACAUGAGCGAGACUGGUGACAAGGCUAGAUUCUUAUUUUUUGCAUGUGACUGCAAGUUUUACAUGGGAACUCCUUAUGAUUUUAUGGAAUCAUGCUGUUGUAAUCUCAUUUUUUAAUGUGGGAGUGCAUAAAGGGUUGUAUAGUGAUGAAUUGGAAUUUUUAAUCGGGAUAUCAAAUGUCAUCAAAGAUCAAAAUAACUUUUUAUUGGAUGUAUUUUUUUUAAUGAGAGAAUUCUCUUGAUUUAUGCUACUAUAAAUAUGUAAAUUAUUAAAACACCUCAAAAAGUA